AUGGCCCAACGCAGCACCGCUUCAUCGCCUCUCCAUUCUCCUACCGCCAUUCGUUCUGCGGACGGUGUACUGGCGGACAAUCCCGCCAUUCCCAACCCGUGCCACUGCACUAUUUCUUGGGAGGUCGCCUCUGAAAAGGUAGUCGCUCUCGGCACGACGGACUCGGAUCUGGAGUAUCCCUACGGUGCCCUCUUUGGUAGCCGCUUUGAGGAGGUGUCUGAGGACUACUUCUCGGGCCAUCCGAGGCGUAGCACCGAGGAGCUCGUAUGCCAGGCCCUUUGUGGGUGCCAGAAGAGCCUCUCCAUUCCUGCAAUCUUCUGGUCGUCGAGGAACCUCGCGAUCGUCCUUGUCCAAACAGCCAAGCUUCGUGCCCAUAUGUGGUGCACCAAAGGCGCCUUUGUGGGCCACCUCAGCUUCAUGACAGGCAUGAACCGCUUCCAGUACCACAGCUAUGACCAAGUCGUCAGGCUCAACCGCUGCUACCAGCACUGGGUCUCUUGCAGAUUUCCCGACAUGCACCCCUCGGCCACGCUUUUCUACCCAGCCGCAGCAGACGAGGUUCUCUACCUCCUCAACAGCCAUGCCUCCGUCCUCCCGCACCAGGAAGCUCACCUCUCGGACGAUGGAUAUGCUUCAGACUCCAGCAGUGAGGGGCCGGGGACUCCGACUCGCCUGACGGUGGUCCGUGGUGGUAGCAAUCUGAUUGUGGAGAGCAUUGAGAAUGCUGAAGAGUUCAUCCAGGAUGAGGAGGAGGAGCUCGCGCUGGACACUCUUGUGUAA